AACAGGUCCGGCGUUAUAUCUCCUCGCGACGUGCUGCUCGCAAGCAGAUUUAGUGGUGUGCCCACUACGUGCCAUAUCCCGGCGGAUAGACCGUCAACGUGCGCCUAGUAAAUAUUUAGCGCCGAAAAGCAACAUUAUUCCAUUGCCACGUCGUAUUUUGUUUUCCUCGCUCCGGGGAUUAAUCUGUGCUGCAGUGCGCGUGUCUCGUCGCUCGUCCCGUUCACCCACACACCCAUACUCCCGCACACUCGCACUCCCACACACACACACACAUAUAGUCGUCUCGCGGGGGGCUAUAGCGAGAGAGCUACUCUUCGCGCGUGCGUGGGUGCGUGCGCGCCCCAUAAAAAACGGUUCGCUCAUCGAAUCUCCGGCCGGCGCGUGAGCGACGGGUGCCGUGGUACUCGUCUGCGGACGGUUCUGCGGAUCGCACUGUGCCGGUGGUCAUGACGUUCCGGACCAAGGGCCUCAACAAGCAGCAACAACAGCUACAGCGCGGACAACAGGACACGCACUAUCCCAACAACAAUCACCGACUGCACCGGAACCGUUACGAUGACGGCCGCAUUGACGACAAAACCGGCACGGCGGCCGACCAUCAGCCACCACCGUCAUUCGUAACAUUCGGUGGCGCCGACACAUGUAUACACAAGGUGUUAAUUACUCCUAGUAAUUCUAAUGGAACAUUGAAUCCUGAAGCACACGAAUUCAAGUACAAGUCAUUGCCUGAAAAUCUAUCAAAAUCUGACGAUGAACCAAAUAAAAAAAAAUCGGAAAACGACAAAAAGACUAAAGGGUAUAUGUAUAUGAAUGGAGACGUAGGAAAAAUUUCAAUUGGGACACAUUAUAGUCCCUCCGAACCACUUACUGUUUCUACUGCCACGAACACUUCUUACAGUUCCAUAAAUGGAAGUUAUGAAGUGUCGGCAUCGGAUAGUAGAAGUAGUACAGUAAUUUUAACUGGAAAAAAUAGCACAAUGGUUAACGCUGAGACUUCUACUGAAAAUAUGCCAUCGCAAUCAGUAGAACAACUCAAACAACUUCUAUCAAAUCAGUUAGAAUAUUAUUUUUCAAGAGAAAAUUUGGCAAAUGAUGCAUACUUAUUGUCACAAAUGGACAAUGACCAAUAUGUUCCAAUAUGGACAGUUGCCAAUUUUAAUCAAGUAAAAAAAUUGACUAAAGACAUUAAGCUGAUUACUGAAGUAUUGAGAGAGUCGCCAAAUGUACAAGUUGAUGAUGAAGGAUUAAAAGUCCGCCCAAAUCACAAACGUUGUAUUGUCAUCUUACGAGAAAUUCCUCAAACUACUCCAAUUGAAGACAUUAAGGGAUUAUUUGCUGGUGAAUCAUGUCCUAAAAUGAUAUCAUGUGAGUUUGCUCAUAAUAAUUCAUGGUAUAUUACUUUUGAAAAUGAUGAAGACGCACAAAGAGCAUUUUUGUAUCUUCGUGAAGAGGUUAAAGAAUUUCAGGGUCGACCAAUUAUGGCACGUAUCAAAGCAAAACCAAUGAAUCGCAUGGCUGCACCAAUAUCUCCUGGUGCUGUUGCUGGAAUUCCUGGUAUAAAAACAGUUAAUGGUUUUAGAACUCCGCCAAUGCAAGCUCAACCAAUCAACCCAUACAUAGAUCAAGGCCCAGGUGUCACACAAUCUGGACCUCCUGCUCCACCCCCACAACAUCCUCAAGCUGCCAGAUUGUUUUAUACAAAUGGAGGACCAGCUCAAUAUGCUCCAGUCAAUUAUGCUGCUGCUAAUCUACAAGUAUAUUUACAGCAGCAGCAACAGUCACCAUAUUAUCCUACAAAUAUGAUUCAACAUUGGGCUCAUCCUGCAACAGGUGCCUAUUAUACUACAGAUCUUAGUGGUAUAUUUUCUGUGAACGGAUUGGCUCCCCAAGGAGCUUUUUCUAAACCUCAGAAUUCAAGAUAUAAUGUUUCACGUGCACCUGGUCGUACCAAUGGAAAAAUGCGUCAUAAUUCUGUUAGUGGUAGUGAAUAUUACCGAAGUUCAGCUUCGGAUAGUGGUUUACCAUCUCGUCCUGGUAGUUACACGUCAAAUGGAAGUCUAACUAAGUCAUCUAGUAGUAGUGGAUCAUUGCAUAUUUCUAAUGCAACCAGAAACUGUGUCGACAAUCAAGAUUCUACUGUAGUUGAUAGACAGUCAAGUGGAACAAUCAACAUCCCAAAAGAUCCUACAACAUUGCCACCAAGAUAUAGGCGAAGGAAGAAAGAUGAGGAAAUAGGACCAGAAGUAGUAACCACAGGUACUAUACCUCAGCCACCAACUGGUAGUUUUGAUUUAGCUGCUGAUGCGUUCCCUCCGUUACCACCUCAAGUUGUGUCCAUACCACAUCAGUCACCAACUUCAUUGCCCCAUGACCAGUUGUCACCUCGUAAUCACAUUGAUCCUAGGAUUACUGUAAUUUCAUCUUCGAGUAUGUCAGCAGUUCUGCCUGAACCCUCUGUAUCUAAGACUGAUGAUAUGGACUUAACUGUGAAUUCAGAGAGUCUACCAAAUGGUUUACAAACAGUGCCUCCUAUUGGGUCUAUACCUAUGACUGCAAUCAUUGAUGAUGUAUCAAAUAUGUCUAUGAGCUCUAUUAAUUUGCACCCAAAGGUUCAAGAUAUUGUUACGACUUCGAAUUCUAUAAUAAAUCCUACAGAUAAGACUGUAAUGCCAGCGAAAUCUGACAUGCCACUUACUAUGCCUAAAGCCAAUGGUACAUCUCUUAAUACUAAACCAACUGUAUCAAAUCAUAAGGCUGCUUUGCCAUCACAAUGUGCUUGUGUCAUACCACAACCACCUGUCACAAUAUCUGCAGAUAUGGCUAACAACAAUCCCGUUCUUAAUGGAAAUGGUUCUCCAAAUAUUGGUCAUAAACUAAGUUAUGCACAAGUAGCACAGCAUCACAAAGAAAGGAAUGAGAGCCACAUUCCUACCAUUAUUACGUUUGGGCAAUCUUCUAUUGUAGAAGAAGAAAAAAAAGAAGAUACUACCAUACCUAUUGUGAUACCCCAGUCUAAACAAUCAAACGUUACAGCAGAUGGUCUUCUAACAAAUCGGUCUGGUAAAGGACACAAAACAGCAAAUAGUGAACGGGGAACAAUUCCCAGGAAAGAAAGAUCGUCAAAAUUCAAUCGUACCAAGUCUCCUAAGUAAAAUGUAUAUAAGGCCUGAGUAUUAGUUAGUUGUAACUCAACUUAUAAAUAACGGUUCUAUGAAAGUGUUAAAUUAUCCCAUGAAACGAUAUGAUACAUUUGUCAUCCACAUCUGUUAUUCGACCAAUUUUAUUUAUUUAUUAUGUUUUUUUUUUUUUUUUACAUUCUUAUUUAACUUUUUUUUUUAGUUUAAUUUUUACUGAUAUUCAUAUAAAAAUAUAUAUUACAUAUUUAAAAUCAUAGUGGAAGUGUUCUAGUUGUAUGUUAUAGCAGAACAAUGUUACAAUGGUUUAUGGUUAAACAUACAAGUAAACAUCAGUUUUUAUUUUAUUUUUUUAGAAGAAAAGUUUAAUUUAUAAUUUUAUACCACUUACAUGUCUUCUGAUAAUGUUCCCAAAUUUAAAUGAAAGAUAAAAUAAUAGAAAAAAUUCAUAUAUAUUAUAAACUAAGUUAUAGUUAAUAGACUAGAUUUUUUUUUUUAAUUUUUACUAUGGCCAUGAUUGCAAAUGGUCAACAAUACAUUUAAUAAAUUGAAUUCUAAUGUAUAGAAUAUAGUUAAUCUAUUACAAUAUGAUGUAGUUAAAUGUAAAUUAUUUGAUGAGUGUUAUCUGGGGUUUUUCGCCUUAUUUUAUCUUAUAAUUUUAUCAUUAUAACUUAAUACAAUACAUUUUGCUAUUAAGCAAAAAGUUAAAAAUUAACAUCAGAACAAAACAUUGUUUAUCUAAAUGCUAGGUGAAUAAUUCCAAAAUAGUUAAAUUAAAUUUUUACUUAGCUGGUUUUGCUCAAAUUACACAAUGCUUAUAGCAAAUGUAUUAAUCUAAAUUUAACAUAAUUUUAAUAAUUAUUCUCAGAAAAAAAAAUUCCUUCUGUAUUUAUUUCAAAGUGACAUGUUCAAUAAGUUCAUACCUACUUUAUUUGAUUUCUUUUUUUGGACAUUCAUCAAGUCUUACAUUUUUGUUUUGGGAUAAUUUAAAAACUGUAUAUUGGUCUUAUGAUAA